UUUUCUUGUCAAUUUUUUUUUCCAAGGCUGCACAUCUUACACCCAGCAACUUGGCCACACUGCUGAAAUGCUCACUGGAAAGCCAAAGGACAUACCCGGUAGAGGUCUGGAAGCUUUUCUUCCAAAAAGCUUCCACUGACCUAGACCAGGCUCUUGCGACAUUGGCCACCAUGGCCCCCAACAACAGCAGCCCAUCCUUGUCAAAUGCUCUUGAGGCCCUUGGAGAGGUGAGAAUUGCCAACUUCAGCCAGGCGCAGCUGCAGAGUGAUGGCUUUGUCAGCGACUGGUUCGGGACAAAGAUUCGUCCGUUUUUGGCCUCUCCAUCCCCCAACUUCCUGUUCUGCCUUACGACCAAGAACUUCAGCUGCCAUACGUACCAGACUGUCAUCCAGGCAUUCAGCAGCCAAAGGCCAUCCAUGGACAGAGAAAGACAGCAAGCAGUCUUCACUCAUUUCAUCAAACCAUUCCUUUCAAGAAAUGACUCAUCAGAUCCUGGCUGUGUCUCAUUGAUCAGAGGUAGUAAAGAGUGGCUAGAGGGAAACUUCGGCAACUUCUCGGAAUUUGCAACCCUGCAGGAUUUGCAAGCCCUCAAUCCCAACUUCUCCAGUGCCGAAGCGUUGUCAGUGCUCACUCCUACUCAGAUGGCACAGCUGACACUGAGCUCAGGUGCCGCGAAUGACACAGACCAAAUUGACCGUGUGUUUGAGCGACUUGAGGAGGGCAAUGCUCUGAAAAAUGUGGAUGAAUUCCUGACACAGCUGACAGCAGAUGGAGAGGUCCCUGAUUUCCAACCUGCUGUGAGAGAUCGCAUGAUGAAUAGGACCUUUACCAUCGUCAGUCCCCAUUUCCCGAGCUUCACGGAUCGCGACUGGUUUGUUUGGUUCCACCUGAAACUGGUUGCUAUCCUGCCAAGUUUCAAUCCAGAGAUGCUCAAGAAUGCAACCUCAAACAUUAACUGCACAAACUACCAUGUCGUCGUGAGGGGGAUGGCCAAAGCAUUCCCUGCAAUGAAGUCGGGUCGACGAGAAGGAAUCGCAGAGGUUCUACUGGGCUACCUGAGAAAAUCUGCCAGUGUCAUCAACGAGCCAGUUUGCAGGCAAGGAAUUCAGAGUGAUGCCGAAUGGCUUGAAGCAAACCUUGGCCCAUUUUCCCAAUACACAACAUACUCUGACCUCAAAGUCUUCAACCUGUCUGAAGUGGCAGUUGUGGGCUCCCUCUCACCAAACCAGAAGGCUGAGCUGAUGCUGGAUCCAGACAGCGGCGCUCUCGAGGAUGUGGCCAUCGUAAGGGAGGUGUUUGCAAGCUUGACAGAGUCCCGUGAUGUGGAGCAGCUAAAUCAGUUUUUCCAGGCUUUUGCAAACAUCAGCAAGCAGAGAAACAUCACCUUCCUCAGAAAUCCAGAUGUACGAGACACCAUGUUGAACCUGACCUUGACGGCCCUUGCUCCUGAAUUUGAAGACUUUGAGCCUGAAGACUUUCAGCUGUGGUUCCAGGGCAAUUUGGCUCCUGUGAUGGCAAGCCUCCAUCCUGGCAGCUUGGCGGUGAUUCCCAGUAACAUCAGCUGUGUAUCCUACUCAGCUAUGUAAGAGAUCAUCUUUCUGAAGUCCACAGUU